AUGUUGUCGAGGCGGGUUGCAGGCGGUUCAGCUGUCUUGCCGUUUUCGAUCUUGUCACUCUGCCUCCAGCCGCCGCGCUGCUCACCACCGCGCUGCUCUGCCGGCGACGGCGGCUGGCGCUUCACCGCGAUCCGCGGCGGUGUGCAGCCGGCUGGAACUGAGCUUUUGGCACUCGUCGAGCCGUUUGCUCUGCCAAUGUGGGUGGGCGAGACACGCCUGGUGCAGUCCAGCGCCGCGCCAUUGGACGGCGUGCGCCUCGAGCUCCUCCGGUCGGGGAUGUCCUCGCCGCUCGCUCACGUUCCUGCGAUCCAGGCGGCUGGAGGCACGGUGGUGCAGCGGGCCUACACGGGCGCGCUCGCCACCGAGGCUGUCUGCUGCCAACUCAGUGCUGAGGGCGCGCUACUGGUGGGCACCAGGCGGCUGCGCGUCGCCACGGUGGCGUCGUCGCGGCCUCAGCUGCGCCUGCGGUGCGAGGAGCUGCGCGACGCCGCUGCGGACGCAGCGGCGGUCGAGUCCGCGCGUGCGCGCGCCGUCGGCCUCUGGGAGGAGGCAAUCGGUCUCUCGCGCCUCGUCGCGGAGCGGCGGCUCCAGCGGCGCCUCUCCACGCUGGGCGGUCCAGCCUCGCGCAUGGGGCGCUCGUUUGCGGAGGAGGCGGCGAGGAGAGUCGUGACGGGCGACACGCUCUCCCUCCCGUCUGGCGCGUCGAGCGAGGCGCUCUCUCUCUUUGCGACCGACGAGGCGGGCCGCUGGGCCGAGGCGGCGCGGCUGAUCGAGGAGGGAGUGGCGGCGAUGCUCCCGAUCCGAGCCUGGGCGGGCGUGCGAGACGCCUCCGACGGCGUUGUCGAGCCCGAGUGCGUGCAGACGCCCGACGCAAACUCGUACGGCCUGCCUGGCUGGGCAGAGCGGCUCGAGGAGGCCAUCGCUGGUGUGAGCCGGCGCACGAUGAAUGAGGACUGCCUCACUCUGACCGUCAGUACGCCCGAUGUGCACUCAUCGCUUCCGGUGAUGCUGUAUAUCCACGGCGGCUCCUUCCUCUCCGGCAACAGCAACCUCUCGGGCGCAGCACACGUGGUCUGCUCGCGCGGCAUCGUCGUCGUCUCCAUCAACUACCGGCUCGGCGUGCUGGGAAACCUGGCUUUGCCGGAGCUGCUGGCAGAGAGCGGCACGACGGGCAACUACGGUCUGCAGGACCAGAGGGAGGCCAUGCGCUGGGUGCGACGGAAUGCCCACGCUUUCGGUGGCGACGCCUCUCGCGUCACCCUCAGCGGCGAGUCGGCGGGCGCGAUGUCUGUCAUCGCACACCUGGCGCUGCCUCGCUCGACAUCCCUCUUUGCGCAGGCGAUCGCCGCGUCGACGGCCAUCGCCAUGUCGGGCAACGACGACUCGACGCCGCUCGGCGACGCCGUCGCUGCGGGCGAGCGGUACACUGCGGACGCGUGGUGGCUCGUCAACAAGCAGGGGCAGGCCUUCAACCAGUCAAUGCGCGCGCUGCAGCCUCCGGUGGCAGAUGGGUUCGAGCUCGCCAGAGGGGGCAGCCUCGCGGGCCUGUUUGCGGCGGGCGAGCUGCCCGCCCGCCCUCUCCUCAUCGGGACCAACCGCGACGACAUCUCCCUCUUCCUCGGCUUCACGCCCGCCGAGGCCCUGCCGGAGCUGCUCGGGCUGCCUAUGGUGAACGAGCUCAUGCUCCGCGAGUCGGUCCGCCGCUUCUUCCCCGCGACGAGCCGCGCGAACCGGACUGCGGUGCUCGAGCGGUACCCCCUCUCCCGCUACCCGCCUGGCGACCGCUACCGGCACCUCUCGGACGGCGCUUUUGCGCCCGGGCUGAGUGGCUGGCUGCGCCGCUUCCUCGACCGGGAGGUGCGCCCUUGGCUGGGCGCGUACCACGGCGCGAACGAGGUUGUGUUUUGGCACGCCGACGACCGCGCCGCCCGCCUGAGCCCCGACGAGCGCGCGCUGGGCAGGAGGAUGGUGGAGCAUUGGGUCUCCUUUGUCAAGUCGGGCGCGCCGCUGCCUUCGUGGCCGGGCAUGGGCGACAGGGACGAGCCCUUCCUCGAGCUGCGGCUCGAGGGCGACCGGCCGGGACGCGGCUGGCACGCCGACGAGUGCACGCUGCUGGAGCAGUUCCGGUUCGUGUGGAACCCACUCACCCUGAGCCACCGGCCGUUCCUCGAGCCAGUCGCCUCUUAG